CGGGGUUGGCAAGUUGGUCGUCGGGCCGGAAUGCCGACCGGCUAACGAAUAUCUCUCAAAAUUUCGGGGAGAACGACUGACCUCGCUUCGGAUCCCCCCCACGCCGAAGCUGACAAAACUGUGGGGACCCCAGAUUUUGGUCGUGGCUUGCGGCGGAUGAGGCUUUUCCGCGUUGACGUCGUUUGUUUUUGUCCGAAUCAAAUCCCAUUUUCUGAUUCCCGAAACCUGGUUAUAUUCAUACUUGUCAGCUUCCGAUCGGUGGGAUUUGGCCCGCCAUUCUGUAGAUCAACUAACUGCCGGAUGUCGACGUGGACAGUCAAGAUUAUUUCUAGAAGGAAGUUAUUAGGAGCAAACCUUCCUUUUUGUCUCUCAGUCCAACCUUCCGUCUCUCAUUUCAUUUUCCCCAUUCUUUCCUCGCCUAGAAAGCAAUUUAGUUCUAGAACCAACCGCUUCAUAGUUACCUAAGCCAACACGCAACACUGCCGUCAUGACUGUCGUUAACGUUCCACAAGCCCCGCUCCUCCGUCCUUCGGACAAUGGUCAGCGUUAUGAGCUGACCAGCCCUACGGCCAUGCCGUCUGCCGGCGGCUUUCUAUGGAACCAGAGGAUGAUGAUCCAGGCUACAUGUCGGGGAUAUGCCACGGCUCAGUUCAUGCAGCCGGAGCCGGCAAAAUACUCGUACGCCCCCAACGUUGAGGCCAAGACUUUUAUGCAACCCGAGCCCAACUACUACGCACACUACCCGGGACGUUUCUGUUAUGUCAAGGAUGAGGAGACUGGUCGUCUCUUCUCUGCCCCUUACGAACCUGUCCGCGCCAGACUCGACAGCUUCGUCUUUUCCGUCGGCAAGAGCGACAUUCGCUGGAGGGCCCAGCUAGACUGCCUGCGCGUGGACCUGACCUUGCUCCUCCCGACGCAAGACGUGGCCGAGCUGUGGACUGUACGUGUGACCAACCUGUCCGGCCGCCCCCGCAAGGUCAGCGUAUACCCACACUUCACCAUCGGGUACAUGUCUUGGAUGAAUCAGUCGGCCAAGUGGUGUCCAGACCUGCAGGGCAUCGUGGCCACCUGCGUGACGCCUUACCAAAAGGCUGCCGACUGGGAGAAGAACAGGUUCCUCAAGGACAAGACCUACUUUCUCUGCGAGACGAAACCGGCCGCCUGGGAGGCGAGGAACUCGGCUUUCGAGGGCGAAGGGGGCUUGCAGGCACCGUCGGCGUUGACGAGGCCGAGCCUUUCAGACAGCGAUGCUGUUUAUGAGACCCCCACGGCCGUCGUGCAGUACCGGGAGGAGUUGGUACCCGACGACCACCGUGAGUAUCGCUUCAUGUUUGGUCCGGCGUACGACGACGCCGAGAUCAAGGAGAUGCGUGGGCGCUACCUGAGCAAGGAGGCGUUUUCAAAAGUAGCAGAAGACUACGCGGCGUACAUAGAAAAGGGGCGCGGGUGUCUCAGCAUCGAAACUCCCGACGAAGGGCUCAACAACUUUGUCAACAACUGGCUUGCCCGACAGGUCUACUACCACGGCGACGUCAACCGUCUCAGCACCGACCCUCAGACUCGCAACUACCUCCAGGACAACAUGGGAAUGAGCUACAUCAAGCCGGCUGUGGCUAGGCAAGCGUUCCUCAUCGCCCUGUCCCAGCAGGAAGCGACAGGCGCCAUGCCCGACGGCAUCAUCCUCGCCGAGGGUGCCGAGCUCAAGUACAUCAACCAAAUCCCCCACACCGACCACUGCGUCUGGCUCCCCAUCACGCUGGAAGCGUACCUCUCCGAGACGGCAGACUACGCGCUCCUGGACGAGCCCGUCACCACCAAGGCUGACGGCAAAACCCUGACCGUAUUCGAGCGCUUCUCCCGCGCCAUGGACUGGCUCCUGUGCGACAAGGCCCGCGACGAGCGCGGGCUCAGCUACAUCGCGCAGGGCGACUGGUGCGAUCCGAUGAACAUGGUCGGCAUCAAGGGCAAGGGCGUGUCGGGAUGGCUGACCAUCGCGACGGGCUUCGCGGUGAACCUGUGGGCCGACGUGUGCGAGCAGCGCGGCGAGCAGAAACUCGCCCAGCGGUAUCGCGCCGGGGCGGCCGAGGUCAACGACGCCGCCAACCGGCACUUUUGGACGGGCGAGUGGUACGCGCGCGGCAUCACCGAUGACGGCGUGACUUUUGGAGUGCCGUCGGACCCGCACGGCCGCAUCUGGCUCAACCCGCAGUCCUUUGCCAUCCUGGGCGGCGCCGUCGCAAAAUCAUCCGACCCAGCCCGCUGCCGCGCCUCCAUGCUGAACCAGAUCGACGAGCAGCUCACCACCCCCUAUGGAGUGCAGAUGUUCGCGCCAGCGUUUGACGGCAUGCGGGAGGACAUUGGGCGCGUCACGCAAAAGGCGCCCGGGUCGGCCGAGAACGCGGCCGUGUACAACCACGCGGCCAUCUUCUUCAUCCACGCCCUGUACGCCGCGGGCGAGACGGAGCGCGCCUUCAAGUACCUGAGGCAGAUGAUCCCGGGCCCGGGCGAAGAUGACUUCCUCGCGCGCGGCCAGCUGCCCAUAUACAUCCCCAACUACUACCGCGGGGCGUGGCGCGAGCACCCGCGCACGGCCGGCCGGUCGUCGCAGCUGUUCAACACAGGCACCAUCGCGUGGGUGUACCGCUGCGUCGUUGAGGGCUUGUGCGGGCUGCGCGGGGACGCUACGGGUCUGGUAGUUGACCCGCAGCUGCCGGCGCACUGGGACGAGAUGGAGGUUACGCGGGAGUUUAGGGGUGCCACUUUCAGGGUCAGGAUCCGGAGAGAUCCUAGCGUGGACAAGGUCACGGUCAGAAGAGGCGAGCGCGGCGAGGAGGUGCUGCCUAAGCCCCAUGUGAGCAGCAAGGAUAUCAAGGCUGGCGAGACAUACCGUUUGUUUGUCGCAGUGCCUGGCGAGGUCUUGAAGGAGGACUGAACUAAAAUCUCAUAACGGACUUUCUUUUCAUUCCAAAAGAGUCAUGUUAAAUUCAGAUGUAUCCAAGACACCAAAAUAAGAAAGCUUAAAAUAACAUUGCAUGCUGAAAAAAAAUCACAUCCAGCGCGGUCCAGCUGCAGAAAGAUUAUGGCCUAACCGGAGUCAAAUAAAUGUCCAAUGCUGGCUUGUCCCAAAG